AGAGAAAGAAAGAAAGAAUGGUAUCGCGCAAUCAGUGAGGGAGUUUCGCAUCGGUCCGUGGGCGUCAUCAUGGUGUGUGGGUUGAAGCGUUUUUAAGAGACAAGUUUGUUUUUAAUCGAUAGAACGUGGUAAUUUUCAUUAUUACGGUGAUGUUUUUACAAGGAAUGUUGCCGUUAUUCUACGAAUCGCUAUGGAGAAAAUUAUUAGUACGCAGUGUACAGUUACGAAAUAAAUUUUAAGCGAAACGGUACGACGGUGUAUACAAUGUCGAAUACAGAACAAAUUUUUUUCGAUCAUCGAUUUGUGUGGAAAUACAAAUGGGCGAUUGUUAUAUUACCGAUAUUAUUUCUAACUCCAUCAAACUUUAUAAAAGCCAACAAGAUAUCGUAUGGCAACAUAAAGGAUAAUCAAUGUCCUGUUGAGUGUGAUUGUCUUGGAAAUGUGGUGGACUGCAUUAACUUACAAUUGAUUGGAGCACCCAGCGGACUACCACCAUGGACAGAGAUCUUAGGAUUAAAGGGGAACAAUAUAGCUAGUUUGGAGCCUGAUAUUUUAUUACAUUUAACUAAAUUGAAAGAAUUAGAUCUUAGUGGAAACAAAUUUGGAGAUGACUUUAGAAUUAUUCUAUCAGAAGGUACGCACUUACAAAUGCUUAAAGUAAAUAAAAACCAAUUAACACAAGUGCCAGACAUGUUUUUUGUUAAAAACAUAACACAUCUUGCAUUAGCUCACAAUUCAAUUACCGAUAUAAAUGGAACCGCAUUACUCAACUUGCAACGGCUUCAAAAUUUAGAUCUUAGUGGAAAUAAAAUAAGUGUUAUUCGAAAUGGAUCCUUUCUUGCACCUAAUUGCCUUACACAUUUAAAUUUAAAUAAAAAUCAAAUAAAAGUCAUUGAAAACGGGAGUUUGGAUAAUUUAACUUCAUUAGAAGAAUUGCGACUGAAUAAAAAUCAUUUGACGCAAUUGAAAGAUCUUUUUACAAACUUAAAAAAAUUGCGUAUAUUGGAAAUAAAUAGAAAUGAAUUGCAGACAAUCCAAGGACUUAGCCUUAGAGGUUUAAAAAAUUUAAAAGAAUUACAUUUAAAAAAAAAUAAAAUCGAAACAUUAGAUGAUGGUGCGUUUUGGCCUCUCGAAAAUUUAACGAUUCUAGAACUUGACUUUAAUUUAUUAACUAUGGUGAGAAAAGGUGGUCUAUUUGGAUUAGAACAUUUACAAAAAUUAACGUUAUCACACAAUCGAAUACGCACCAUUGAAAUACAAGCAUGGGAUAGAUGCAAAGAAAUCAUCGAAUUAGAUUUAUCGUACAAUGAAAUAUCCACAAUUGAACGAGAUACAUUUGAAUUUUUGGAAAAAUUGAAAAAACUUAAACUGGAUCACAAUCAGAUUACAUACAUUGCAGAUGGCGCAUUCAGUUCAACUCCUAAUCUACAAAUAUUGGAAUUGAAAUUUAAUAAAAUUUCGUACAUGGUGGAAGAUAUUAAUGGUGCCUUUGAUCCACUCGGACAAUUAUGGAAACUAGGAUUAGCACAUAAUAGAAUAAAAUCGGUAAACAAAAAUGCGUUUACUGGAUUAAGUAAUGUAACCGAAUUGGAUUUAAGUGGAAAUAAUAUAACAAGUAUUCAGGAAAAUGCAUUCGUUUCAAUGACUAGAUUAACUAAAUUGAGAAUGAAUUCGAGUGUUUUAGUUUGUGAUUGUGGCUUACAAUGGUUAAGUAUGUGGUUACGUGAGCAUAGUUAUACCGAUGCGGAAGUUUAUUGCGGAUUUCCACAUUGGUUACAAGGAAUGUCAUUAACUCAACUUCAUCAUAAAAAUUUUACAUGCGAUGAAUAUCCGAAACCAAGAAUCAUCGAAGAACCUAAAAGUCAGAUGGGUAUUAAAGGAGACAAUGUGACAUUGGUUUGUCGAGCAACAAGUACCGCUAUAGCAAGACUACAUUUUACUUGGAAACACGAUAAUAUUGAAAUUAAUGAUGACAAUCUACAAAUAAACACCGAUUCUACGGAGAAUGGAGUAACAGAGGCAACUUCUAUCUUACAUCUUACUAACGUUACUCAUGCAAAUGCUGGAAAAUAUCAGUGCAUGGUGACCAAUACAUAUGGAACAACAUAUUCCGCAAAAGCAAAAUUAAGUAUUUUAAUAUAUCCAUCUUUUUCAAAAAUUCCACAUGAUAUACGUGUAAUUGCUGGAAGUACUGCUCGCCUUGAAUGUUCAGCAGAAGGGCAACCAUCACCGCAAAUAGCAUGGCAAAAGGAUGGUGGUAAUGAUUUUCCAGCGGCAAGAGAAAGAAGAAUGCAUAUGAUGCCUACUGACGAUGUAUUAUUUAUCGUCGAUGUGAAAACUGCUGAUAGUGGCGUUUACUCGUGUACCGCGCAAAAUCUUGCUGGCUUGAUCGUUGCAAAUGCUACUCUCACGAUAUUAGAAACACCAUCGUUUGUAAAACCAAUGGAAAAUAAAGAAGUGACAGUUGGUGGUUCGAUCGUAUUGGAGUGUAUGGCAAGUGGUAUGCCCAGACCAAAAUUAUCUUGGCGUAAAAAUGGUAAUCCUCUGUUAGCGACUGAACGACAUUUUUUCACUGCUGAAGAUCAGCUUUUGAUUAUUGUCGACACUAGAAUUAGUGACGCUGGUAGUUACGAAUGUGAAAUGAGCAAUUCAUUGGGCAGCGUUGUUGGCGCAUCUCAUCUUACUGUAAAACCAGCUCCGAUUUCGACUCUCAGCCCCAUAUCGGUAAACGAAGAUGAUAUUCUUGGUUUGAUAAUAAUCACUGUUGUAUGUUGUGCUGUUGGUACAUCUAUAGUAUGGGUAGUUAUAAUCUAUCAAACUAGAAGACGGUUGAAUAAUGUUGCUCAAGGUAGAUCGCAUGCACAACCAACGCCGACUCUAACAGGUACGGUAGCAGAUACGCAAACGCAUAUAUAUUUGGAGACGAGUUCCCAGCAUAGUAAAGACAGCGGUACAGGAGAUAGCACGAAUCCUAGUAGCGAUCAAUUACAAUUAUGUUUACCUGAGGAAAUCGUUACGUGCUCUGUGAAUAAUGAGGAAGAACCAAGUGCAGUGGUAAAUGUAGGGGCUCCAUUGUUAAGAUACACUAAUCACGAACGAAUCGUUCGUGAGAACAAAGACUGUGCCGUUUAAAAAAUGAUUUCAAAUAUGAUUUUUUUUUUCUUCGUAACUGAUUCGUCAUGUUUCAUGCAUGAACAUUUUCAUUUACAAUGUGCAAAAUAAUUAUCGAAAAACUAUCAAGCAGAAUCGUUCUGAUCAUUGAAUUACAAAGUAAUAGUCACGGCAAUCGUACAGUUGGAUAAAUUUAUUGUGUCAUGAACAUUAUUUUUGUGAUGUAUGAUGAUAUGAACGUGAUAUGAACGAACGAUAGUUUAUUUUAUUGUGUUUUAGUUUUCAUGAAAAAAAAAAACUUGUCAAAAGAAAAAUACGUAAAUUAGAAAGUACUAUUGACGUAUAAUUUGUAAAUAUUUAGAGUAAGAACUCGAUUAAUUCAAUUCAUGUCGCCGAGAAAAGAGAAAAGUUAACACAAGUAUGUUGACACCGGGAAUUAACCCGUAAUCCGCAAAAGCCACUUACUAUGUAAACCAGUCUUUUGUGAUAGAUAUUUAUUUUUAGGAUUACUUAAUUACUAUUAGAAUAUACAAUGACUAUAUUUAUAAUGCCCCAUGACGUAAGUUUGCCUAAAAAAAAAAAAGAAAACGAAAAAAACAGAUGAAACGAGUAAAAAAAACGUACAUAGGUCUACGCACAGGUAUUUUAUAUUCAACAAAACGCGUUAAUCAUGUGUAAAUAUACAUCGAAAAGAAAGAAAGUGUGCGUGCAUACUUCCGUAUACGCUGUGUGUCUGUUUGCGUGUAUGUGUGUGUAUGUAUGUAUAUGUGUGUGUGCUGUGUGUACACAUUGUUAUGCACCAAAGUGCUAAUAUGUAGACAUUUAAUAAUUUGUCUUCCUCUUUAUUUUUUAUUCAUAAUCAUUAUGUCACUUUUAGAUAAAGUAGUUUUGAAAUAAUUUAAUCGAUCAAUAAUGAUUGCUCAUCACUGAUAGAUAUCAAUAUAAUUUUUCUAAUAUUUGAUUAUAUAAUGUCGUCACUGAAUCAAAGAUUUUCCUUUAAUAUUAAAUUUCAGUGAAAUUUUUUCUAUGUAAAGAAUAAUUGUAUUUCGUUAGUCAAUUAUAUAAACAUUUCAUUAUUUUUAUCGAGAAGAAAUUUUUACAAAAGAAAAUGCAUAUUUUUCUUUUUUUUUCUUUUUUUUUUUUUUCCAUCAUUUUGUAUAAUUAAUUUUUGAACACAUAUUUGUACGUUUCAAUAGAUGGUACUUUCAAUUGAAAUGCACGCACGAGAAUAGAAAGAAUUGUGAUUAGUUGAACGUGCGAUAAAACGACGAUCGUUAUGUAACAAGACUCCAAUGAAUAUUAUAAUUUCUGUGAGUUUCUGUAAGUUAAUUUGUGAUAUUUUUAUGCCCCAUGAAUAAUUUAAAAUUCUCACAAACAUAGCACAAGAAUAUCAACGACAGCGCGAAGAUUGGCAAAUGUCCGAAACUUAAAUAAAAUAUUACGACGAUCAUUGUUUCGUUGUCAUGAUGGUUUGAUAAUGAUGAUGAUGGUCAUACAUGGUCUUAUAUAUACAUAUAUAUAUAUAUAUUUUUUUAGAUCUUAUAUUUCGAGAGAAUGAAAGAAAAGAAGAACGAGUGAUGACCAUCUCUUUUGACGGAUAACAAAACAUCGUAUUAUAGUAUUAAAUGCGACAAAUAGUUAUUCCGUUAAAGACGAGAAAGGAUCGAAAUGAAAUUUGUACUUUAUUUUUCGAAGCAUUUGUUCACUCUUUUUUUUUUCUUCUAUAUUUCAUCGAUCAAUGACUUUUGUGGUUCGCGCUGUUUUUUACACGAAAAAAAGAACGAUAUUUCGAGAUUGUUCAACAACGUUUCUCAAGGGAAAAGAAAAUUUAACGUCAAUAUGAUGAAUUCACUAAUUAAUCGCGAAUGAUCGCGAUUUAACAUUGCGUCCAGCAAUCUAAUAGAUUUAGCAAGAUCGUGCAAACUUACCAGUGACAAGUAUUAUAAAUUGUAUUUUGCCAAUAAACAAAGAAAAACUAUCUUACGAAACAUCGAUGGGGUUCGCGUGUGUGCGUGUGUAUGUGCGCGCGCUUUAAACAAGGCGUCCUCGUGUAAUUCAGUAUUUUUUCCUUGUUGUUACGUGGUAUAUUAUAAGCAAAUACAAGUAAUGUAUUAGGAUAAUUAGAUUUGUUGUAAUCGCGAACGAAGCGAACAAUCCCCGACACUUUUUUUUUCUUGUCUUUAUUAUACACUUUUUCCUUUCUUUUCUUUUUUUUUUUGAACUUUAUUUACCAAACGAGCAUACUUUGUUAAAAUAUAAUUGCUGAUACAUGUACAUAUACAUACGAGAAAGAAAGAAAAAAAGAGGGAAAAAAAAAAAAACAAAUUUUUAAUAAUUUUUUUUUUUUAAUUUUCAAAUGAUACGCCAGCGUAUCAUAAUCGUUUAUUUUUCCUUCUUUUUUUCUUUCUUUCUUUUAUUUUUCCUUUUUAACGAGCAUUAUAUCUGUUGAAUGUACGCGCAGGUGUGUACAUAUUUUACACGGUCGCGGUCACGGUUAUCCCUCGAUUUUCAAUUUUCUGUUUACAUAAAAUAUACGAUGGUUAUCAUGGAAACACGCAUCACAAGUAUUUUCUAUUUUUUUUCAAACAAAAAAAAAUGAAAAAAUAUCGAUUCACAUUCAGACGAAUCUAAUAUCGACUUUCUUUACAUCGAUUAAAUCGAUCCGAUCGAUUAUAAAUCGCUGAACGGAAUCGAAUCAACGAUUCGGACCGUUCCAUUCUAACCAAUAUGGAGGGAUAGCGAUUUGCGAUUUGUUUACGAAAAGUGAAUGGGAGAAAGAAAAAAUAGUUCGAGAAAAAGAAAGAGAGAGAGAGAAAGAAAAUAGUAUUUGUUAUCUAAAUUUCCAAAUAUCACAAUGAUCAAAAUAUCGUAACGCGUAAGAGAGUGUUUUCACGAUAUUCUCACUUGGUUCUCUUAGUCACGAAGCCCGAUGAUAAAAACAAACGGUUGGUUUUCCCGAAACGAGAUUCCGUAAAACAACAAUAGGAAAAACGUGCAUCGUGAUAAGUCAAAGGGGGAAAAAAUCUAUAAAUAAAUAAUAAGGAUAUGAGAAUAUUUAAAUGAGAUAAUAAACGAAACAAUAACGUCUCUCGAAAGAGAUUUCUACGACGUUGAUUAUUCGUUCAUCCUCGCAAAUGAACAUCAUUUUUUUCGAUUAAUAUUAUAAUGCACUUACGAAAUAAUAAUAUUUUUCUUUUUUUUUUCUUUUGAUUCUAAGGAAAUCGUUAAGAUUCUCGUUCUAUUUUGUUUUACAAAUCGCGGCGACAGUUUUCUCUAAGAUCCUGCUUGUCAAAAUUGACGCCCGUUUCAUUGGCUGAAAAAUAACAGCGAAUAUCCUGCACGAACGAGAUAAUUAGAAUUUCCAUCAUCGUUGAUGAAAACGUCAAAAUAACAAAUUAAUUUGAUCGCAAUAUAUAUAUAUAUAUAAAUAUAAAUAUAGAUAUAUAUAAAUAUAUAUAUAUAUAUAUAUGUACACAACAGAUGAUAUCGAGACUUCGCGUAGAAAUUUCGGGAUACGCAUACGAAUACAUAAAAAUGAUAUUUUGUAGAUAACGAGAAACUUGUAUUUGAGCGUAUCGUUUUCGUCCUUUGGGCAUAAUCCGGGAUCAAAUUUCAUCAUUCGUAGCGUUCAACGAAACACCGCGAUAUCGAUUUUCUACCGACCAUUAUUAUUACUUAAUUGAUUCGCGGCAAAAUCGAACGGCGCGAUUCGUCACAUUUGUAACACAAAAUUCUCUAACUAAUCUAUUCAUUUAUCUAUCUAAUUAACUAACUAUAUUUAUCUAUAUUUAUACGUACGUGUUUCGCGUUGUUCACGAUAAAAGUAACAGUGCUUCGAACAAUGUCGAAAAAUCAUGAAAACGCAAAUGUUUGCUCGUUGAUCAACGAUCGGCGAACCGUUCGAUCCUCCAUUCUUUUUCUUUUCUCUUGUUUAUUUUAUUGCCGCAAUCGUCCACGAAUACGGAUAAUUAUAUAAAGAGUUGUUUCUUGUAUUUACGAACAGAGGAGAAUACGUUACGAGACGGCGAACGGUGCGCCAUCGUCGGUGUCGAUUUUGACUAAAUCGCGGAAGCGGCUAAACGGAUUUAUCUUAUACAAAAAUAUCCGGAAAAAUACAAGAUUUUUAUCGAAAAUUUGUUAUCUAUACAUCUCAAUCGGUCAUUUAAACAACGAUCGCUCGUCUAUAAACAACGUGACGUAUAAAGCGCGAUCUCGUUGCUACGAGUUACACGACCGCAUUCAUUAUUAUCAUUAUUAUCAUUAUCAAUUUCCUCGAUCGCUAAUCCUCCUCUCUUCUAAUCAAACUCGAUAUCGAGAUUUCGAUCGGUGUCGUCGAGCACGCGAUCGCAGUGGAGAAAAAUGUGAUUAGGUGAUUAGGCCGGAUGCGUCGAGGGAGGGGAGAGGGAGGGGUAGGGCGAAAGGGGAAGGGGUCCGCACAGCGAGAGGAACGGCGAAUUCGUUUCGAAUUCGCGAUACCGUGCGCGUUUUCGAAAAUUAGGGAGGGAAGAAGGAAAGAAGGUCGUCGGUUUAAAACGCGACGAUCAAUAGGAACGAGUCGGUACCGUGUAUCACCGUGUCGCCGUUCACCGUAUCACUUCCCCGCUUCCUCGCUAAUCGAAACGCGUACAAUCGAUUUACCAUCGAAAACGGAGAAGAAAAAAAAAAAUAAAAAGAGAGAUGUCUGGUGAACACGCGCGAAUCGCGAUCACUCGAAGAAAACGAUCGUUCGCGAGUGAAAAAAUUCUACCAAAUAGUAACAGUAAUAGUAGUAAUAGUAGUGGUGAUGAUGAUAGUGGUGGUGUAGUGGUGGUGGUGGUGGUGGUACACACGCGGUUAGUGCACGAUCGAAUUGCGCGAGAGCGAAAUAUCGGGCGAGUUUUGCACAGUGUUUGGUCGAUUCACGGCCGAUGAUCGCGAUCACGGCAGUUGAAGUAACAACGAGAAGCAAGUUCGACCGAGUGUUUGUUUACUUGUCCUCGUCUCGCCUCGCCCCGCGUGCCGUUAUCGCGCUUCAACGGUCGCUUCGCACAGAAGCUUGGGCUCUCUAGAAGAGCAACGGUCGUCAAUAGUUGUUCAUGUCCUUGAGCUCGGUGUAAGCGAUCCUCUUUCGGUAAAGAUUCCCACUCGGCGAUAUCACUUUCCUCUUGUUUGGCAUCGUGGACGGGCCCGGUACGUAGUAAUGCCGCCUUUUGUACACCACCAUUCUGUAAACGAUUAGCAAACGAUUAACGUCACUUUCCUUUAAUUCCUAAAUUCCUACGAUCGACGAAUCGUCGAUGGAACGAGAGUUAAACAACGAGAGGUUUAUGUGCCGUUCGCUUCCUGUAAGGACACGCUCGUCGUUCGCGACACGCAACAUGCAUUCAUACCGUACGUUGCGCGCGCAUAAUAAACAAUAAAUCAAUUUAACCGUGUUAGAUCAAUUUAACGCGUUUAAUCUUUGAUUCGAUCGUAAGUAUUUUGCGCAUAUUCAACGAUAUCGAAGAGUCGUACGAGACGGAGACGGAAAAAAGAUAUAGGUUUCGCGUUCCAGGUUAAUGGAUCGGUUUGCCGCGGCGCAAAAGAUAAAAUCGCGCGUUACGUGUACGAUCGUGGCAACUUCCGGUGUUUCUCGAGUCGUCAUCGUUGUGUCGUUGUGUCGUUGUGUCGUCGAAUUAAUCGUGGCUGAAGCAGAGAAUUGCGACUUUCGAUCGAUUUAAAUUUCAAGUGAAUUUUGUUCCAUCUAAGAUGAGCGUGUUUUAUUGCUCGACGAUAAUCGAGGAGACGACGAGGAGAUAAAGAAAGGAGAUAAAGGAAAAAUAUUACACGAGAAAGAACGGUGUCAACGUUUAUGCAGUUGUUUAUGCGACCUGUCGAUACAAUAACGAGAGUAUUGUGUGCCGAAAAUAUAUAUAUAUAUUAUAUAUAUAUAUAUAUUUCGUUGGCACUGCAAGAUAUAACGGAUAAAGGAAACGUGAUAAAAUUCGUGGAGAACAUAUCGUUGGAAUAAUCGUUGGAGAACAGGUGUCGGGUAGAUUUUCUGAUUUAUACACUUUAUUGAAAUGUUACCACCACACAAGGCAAGCAAACGUAAGGCAUAGCGAGAUAUAUGUAUAUACAUAUAUAUAUAUAUAUAUAUAUAUAUAUAAUUAUAUACAUACAUAUAUAUAUAUAUCGUUGAUCGAAACAAAUUAAAUUUAUCAUCUACUUUUCCCUCGCGACGAUAUUUUUAGAUAUAUUUUUGCUAAUCUCUAAUCUCUAGCCCAGUCUUGUUCCGGUCGUCCUGCAACCCCUAUACUCAUCCAAUUCGUCCGAUUCGUCAAUUUUAUCGAUCGAUCAACGAUCCGCUGCGAAAUGCGUCAACGAUAAUUUCUUACGUUCUUUUAUUGUUGUUACAGAUAUCUCUAACGAGCGAAAUAUUCAUUUUCGAUGAUAAUAGGUAGGAACGUCGAGUUAUCGCUAUCUAUACGGCAAUAUAUAUAUAUAUACACCUUUGUUAAAAAAAAAAAAAUACUUAACAACGUAUUGCCGGAAUGCGUCGACUAAUCUAAAAACGGGCAAUAUUAAAAACAUUUUUUAGCUCGUUGAUAAAAAUAAUGCGACACGUCGAGAUCUUGUAAACCCGUCUUGGUCCCCCUCUCCAAGUAGGAAAAACUUGGAGAUCGUCGUACAAGAUAAAAAUUAUACAUAAAAAAAAAAAAGAAAAAAAAUAAACUCCGUUUAUCCGGAAUGGAACAGUGGCGAGGUUGACGGUUCAUCCGAGGAAUGAUCCAAGAUUCAUUGGUACGGCCCUCUUUGGUAGCAUGAUACGAAGUAGACAAGUUGGUUAGUUGGAAAAAAAAUGACUAGACAAAUAUACAUAUAUAUAAAUAUAUAUAUAUAUAUAUAUAUAUUCGCUUCCUCGAUUCUUGGAAUAAAUCGGCUUCGAUCGAAAUCGAAUUCGUUUCGAUUUAUCAUCGAUCGACUCGUUCUUUCUUUCUUGACCAACUUUGUUCGCGUGCUUCGCUUUCGAAGCGAACAGAAGAAGAAAAAAAAAAGAAGAAAACAAAAUUCAUUCCAUAAUACUGCGAGUUAAGAGAAUAAUAACAAAUUUUGGGAUCGUUAACCCGCGUCCUUACUUAAUCCCUUAAAAAAGAGCGAUCCUCGACCAGCGAAGACAACGAUCGUUACACAACGGGGGGGGGGAGCACGAUUAAAAAUCACAGAACUAGAGAAAAUCACGUUACUAGAGAAACUAGAAAGAAAGAAAGAAAGAAAGAAACAAAGGAAGAGAGAAAGAGAGAGAGAAAGAGUCGCGAAAUAAACGGAGAAUAAAAACACCGUGUCCGAUUUCCUCCCAGACGUGGUGGACUCCUCGUAGAAUUCGGGGGGGAGGGGUGGGGGGGAGGGGAGAGAAGAACGGAGAAAAAGCGAGAUCGGCGUUUUUUGUGCACGCUUGGCACAAAAAAAAGUUCUCCCAGACAGACCGAUAGAUAGACGAACAGGUGCUAGAAAUGGCGCAAGCAAGGAUAUCUGAAACAUAAAGCAAAAAACGGAGGAGAAGUUGGUAUCAACCGUAUCAACGAGCGAGACGAAAUUGGAUGUGUGCGUGUAUACACGCACACACAAGAGAUGGACGAUGAACAACUUACCUCACCCGAUAAAUCCUGCGGCCAAGGAUAUGACGAGGGCGAGAAUACCGGUCAUCACUUGGCCGGCGGUCGAGACGACGACCGGUUGAGGGGUCGAGUUGGAGUGGAAGGUCGCCACGAAACGAUCCUCGGCCGUCAAUUUGUCCCCGUACCUGUUCAGCAAGUCCAAGAUGACCCCGUUGCUCCAGCCGAAGCCCAGCUGGACCUCGUACUCGCCACCGCCCCCGUGCCCGCCCGAGACGGUCGCGUCGUACUGAGAAAAACGAUGGAGCGUAACCGAGUGGCAAGGAUCGCGCUAUCCGCAUAAUCGUCGGUACUACCUUCUCGAACAUGCUGUGCGUCUCGUUGUACGCCUUGUAAUUGCUUCGAACCCACCGCUCGCUUAUCUCGUAGGCGAGCCUCUGGGCCCAGGGGUCCUCCGUCUUGUUCAACGCCAUGAUCACGAAAUAUUGGAGGGGCGGCCAAGCGUUGGGGUAAUCCCACUGCUCGCCCGAGUGCUCGAGCGUGGUCGGUAUACCGCCGAGAUUCAACAUUAUCUUGUUCUUCUCCAGAUACUUGAGCACCUUGGACACGUACUCCUCCCUCUUGGCGAUGUCGUAGCAAUCGGUCCACAGGGGGAGGAUGUUGGUCGGAUAGAAGUAAUCCCUCUUUAUGUCGUUCAAUAUGUCGUAGUCGAGCCAGGCACCGACCUCGUCGUGCCACAGCACCGCCGUGAUCGCCCUCUUCCACUCGGCCGCCCUUUUCUGGUAAUACGCCACUUUCGAUUCGUUCCCCAUCCUUUGAUUGUACUGUGCCAGCAGCACCGCGUUCCGAUAUAUUAUCGAGUUCAGAUCGACCGGGAUGAUGUACCUCGUUUUCAAAUUGGUCAGAUUACCUGAAGAAGAAGAAGAAGAAUAGGAUCGAUGACGGGGUUAGAAUGUUCGAGGAGGAGAUCUCGUUUAGGGGAACAGAUUUGGAAAAGAACGGGGAGAGGAGAGAUAGAGAUAGAGAGAGAGAUUGAGAGGAAAAAAGAGGAAGCAUUUAUCAACGUGGUUAUUAACAAUCGCGUCGUGUUACGUUGCGAAACACAGGAUUAUUACAUCGUUUCGAGUUUGCUCGAACCGAGUCCAAGAUGGGGAGGGAGAAAAAGAAAGAAGAAUUACCUUUGUUCGUGCCGUCCAGUAUGAACCAACGGCUGGAAAAAUCCCAACCGGAUUCGGCAGCCGUUUUCAACUCCGAAUAAUAAUUGUCCUUCUCUUCGUUGGUGCGAAAACUUUGACUGGUGAGGUAAUCCUCUCUGAACGACAGAAAUUGGACGAUUAGAGAGCGUGUGGGCGCGAGGACGAUCGGUUACUACUUACUUGUAGGACUCCGGCCGAGGACCGGACGAUUCCUCGUUGUAUCUGGCCAACACGUAAUUGACACCGUCCACCUCGAUCUCGACCGUCCGAUUGGUCAUCCAAAAGUCGAACUCUUUCUCGAGGAGGUAAAGAUUGUUCUCGAGCCACUCGUAAUCGUGAGUGGUCUUCAGAUACUCGUCGACCAUGGGAAUCAACAUGGGCGGUUGGGAUCUCAUAGUGUAGUAUAUCCUGCCUCCGUUCGGGAUGAAACCGAUCUUAUCCACGAGGGAGACGAAAUUGGUCAACAUUCCUUUCACGGUGGUGUACAUCUCCGAGAGGAGCAAUCCUUUCACGAUCCAAUACGAGUCCCAGUAAUAAAAUUCGCGAAAUCUACCUCCGGGGACGAUGACCGGAUGCGGCACGUAAAUGAUCGAGUAGAGUUCCUCGUUCACGCGGACGUCGUCCUUCAUCUUUCGCCCCAACAUUUUCCAAAUACCGUUCAACUCGGCGGCGAAGUUUCGAAGAUCGUCGUCGAGAAUUCUGGAGAGAAACUUGGGCCUGAACGUCCAAUCGACCGGAUCCCAAUCCUCGAACUCGGAUCCUUCCGGGUCGAAAGUGUCGUUGACGAAUCGCUCGAUCUGGUACCUGGUUGGCAUCUGAUCGUGCCGAUCCAUGAAGUCUCGAAACAACUUCAGCGUCUCGUAAGGCGGAUGUUUCAUCUUCAUGUCGACGAACGUUUUCGAGUCCUUGUAGAUCGAGGCCAUCUGUAUCGUGUGCAGCAACUCGCCUCGGCAGUAAACGUCGCUGCAAGCCCAACACGCACACGUACACGCACACACUCUCGUCGUGUAUAUUCGAAACAAUCCCGUUUCUUUCCUAUCCGCUAUCUAAAAAAACCUCGAUAACCUAUCGUCCCCUCCCACCUCCUCCUCCUCCUCCUCCGUGGUCCCGUUCUCCUAUCGCGCGGAUCUCGCAUCCCCUCGCCAUCUUUUAUCCCCUCCUUUGCCCAAUUCCAACCAGCAAUUAUCGCGAUAACGGAGAGACCCUGGAUUUGCUUUAUUUUUUUUCCUUACUUAUUUAUUUAUCCCAACCGUUCUAUCUUUCCUCCGCGUUAUCUCGAUUCGCGAAACUCCUACCUGGCCACUCCCCCCUUCUCCCUCUUCCUCCUUCCUCGUCAAAUCCGACUCCGUUUCGUCGUCGAAUUGAUCUUGUGAUAAAAAUACGCGCGAUAAAUACGUAAAAAAAAAAAAAAAACGUUUCAAAGAUAUUAUUUCUCUCUUGGAAAA